AUGUUUCUAAAGGAACAUUUAGGACCGGGUCUGGAUCUCUCCUCCAAGACCUUCGUGGAUUGGUACUCUUUCUACCGAGAGGUACUUAUCCACGAUCGGUUGUCAACAUCGGAGAAACUUGGAGGAGAAGGAAAGACCGUAGAAAUAGAUGAAGCCAAAUUUGGACGGCGUAAGUAUAAUAGGGGAAGGGUGAUCAAAGGUCAGUGGAUCUUUGGGGGUAUCGAGCGGGAGACUCGACGAACCUUUUUAGUACCGGUGGAAGCACGUGACAGCGAGACCUUGCUCGCUGUCCUGAAGGAGUGGGUGCUUCCCGGGACAACAGUUAUAAGUGAUUGCUGGAGGGCGUACGAUUGUCUUCAGAAUGAAGGCUUUCGUCACCUGACAGUGAAUCAUACUUAUAAUUUUGUUGAUCCCCGGACGAAGGCCCACACCAAUACCAUCGAGAGGACGUGGCAUGAGGUCCGCUCGAACAUUCCCGACGGUACGGAAGGAGGGAAGCGCACAUGA